AUGCGCAAGGGUUGGGUGGAGGAGACGGAGGAGCAGGAGCAGGAGAAGCAGCGCGCGGCCACGCCCUCCUCCGCUCUCCCCUCCUUCAAGCCUUCCUUCGUCCUCGGCGGCGAGGCCGGCCUCAACAUGGCGCGUUUGGCCAAGUCGUCGGUGAUGCAAUCGGCGAUGCAGGCGUCGAAGGUGAGGCGCGAGGUGUCAGUUGCCGAACGCAACCACAUGCGCGCGAUGCAGCAGCACGCCUACACCCACUGGGUCGACUACCACCUCGCCAAGAUCCAGUACUUCAUCGAGGACAUGAGCAAGGACAUGUGCGACGGCGUGCUGCUGAUCAAUCUGCUCCAAGUGCUCACGGGCGAGUCGAUCGGCAUCUGCUCCGACAAGCCCGAGAUGACGAUUUUCGAGAAGAUGGAAAACGUGAACAAGGCCAUGAACUGGUUGCGCAGCAAGGGCAUGAACAUGCGCGGCUACGGACCCGAAGACAUCCUCGACGGAAACGUUAACGUCAUCUCUGCCAUCAUCUGGUCGAUCAUUUCGGUGUCGUCGGUGCAUCCGUUCGACGCGCAGAACACGACUGAGACGAAGGCCAAGCAGCUGCUCCUGCAGUGGUGCCAGCAGCAGGUCCAGGGCUACCCGUCCGUCCGCAUCGACAACCUCGACCUCAGUUGGCAGGACGGUUUGGGCUUCUGCGCGCUUCUCCACAAAUACCGGCCUGACAUGAUCGACUACAACGCUGCCUUGAACCAGGGAGACGACCGCAUUGACUACGUGAUGGCGCUGCUAGCAGAGAACUUUGGGGUGACGCCCAUCCUGCUGCCAGCCGACCUCAAGAAGAAGGACUUCAAGCCUGACGAGCGCAGUGUCUUCGCCUUCCUCACUGUCCUCAGGGAAGUCCUCACCUGUGCCCUCAUUGAUUAG